GGGGAAAGAGCCUCAAAUAUUCACGACUGUUGCUUGUGGAAUUGUGCUGGUAACAAAAACACAGUAAUUUAUCUUUUACGGAGCGCGAAAGGAUAUAAGGAGAAGGAAUCAUUUAACGAGGAAGGAAUAAUUCGGAGGCGUAAGCGGGGCCCCAGCUGCGUAUACGGAUCCAAUGGGGAUUUCUUUUCUUGCCGGAGACGAUUGAGGGGCCGAUUGUCUUAACCAGCGGUAGCCGCGCACCAUUCACCAUUCACCGUUCACACGUAUCAACUGAUUGACAAGGACGUGUGGCGCGCAGGCGGAGCCCAGAGGGGCGGCUGCGUUACUUUGCCUGAGAUCAUUGCGAUCUAUCCCCCUGAUCGGCUUCGCUGGGCUCCCUCUUUAGAUUCUGUCUCUUGCUGAGUGCUGAUUUCUGGGAGCGACGGGGACGGAUUGAAAGAUGUGGGUGUUUUAUAUGAUCUCGCUGCCUCUGACAUUGGGCAUGGUGCUAUUCACGCUGAGGUACUUCGCUGGUCCAGACGUCCCUCGUUACGUGCUGUUCACUGUUGGAUAUACCUGGUUCUGCUCGCUUUCCAUCAUCAUCCUCGUCCCCGCCGACAUUUGGGCGACGUUAUCUUCUCAUCAUGAGAAUGGAGGCAUUUCCUUCUUCUGGAGCUGGUCAUAUUGGAGUACAUUUUUACUUACUUGGGCUGUGGUGCCCCUUAUUCAGGGUUUUGAAGAUGCUGGCGACUUCACUGUUUCUGAAAGAUUGAAGUCUAGUGUACAUGUUAACUUGGUGUUCUACGCAAUUGUGGGAUCCAUUGGCCUUUUUGGACUUGUCCUUCUAAUAAUGAUGCAUAAGACUUGGAAUGGAAGUCUUUUAGGAUUUGCCAUGGCUUGCUCGAAUACUUUUGGACUUGUUACUGGUGCAUUCCUCCUUGGAUUUGGUUUAAGUGAAAUUCCUAAAAGCAUUUGGAGAAAUGCCGACUGGACUAAGCGCCAGAAAUAUCUUUCUCACAAAAUUGCCAAGUUGGCGGUCAAACUUGAUGAUGCUCACCAAGAACUUUCAAAUGCUAUUGUUGUUGCUCAAGCAACAUCUAACCAGAUGUCUAAGCGUGACCCUUUGAGACCAUACAUGAAUGCCAUUGACAAUAUGUUAAAUAAACUGUUUAGGGAUGAUCCAUCCUUCAAACCACAAGGUGGACGAUUAGGGGAAAAUGAUAUGGAUUAUGAUACUGAUGAGAAGUCAAUGGCAACACUAAGGCGUCAUCUUCGGGGAGCCCGUGAGGAAUACUACAGAUACAAAAGCGAGUAUAUGGCUUGUGUGCUGGAAGCCCUUAAACUAGAAGAUACAAUUAAGAACCAUGAACGUCGCGGUUCUACAGGAUGGAAAUACGUUUCAAGCAUUAGACCUGCUCGAACUGGCAAAUGGGGUGCUCUUCUGGAUACUUUGGAAUUUUUCUGGCGGUGCAUUCUGAGGAAGCAAGUUGAGAAAGGCUUGGCUGUUAUUCUUGGCAUCAUUUCUGUUGCAAUUCUUUUAGCAGAGGCAACUCUGCUACCAAGUGUUGACCUAUCACUUUUCUCAAUUCUUAUUAAAUCUGUCGGGAUGCAGGAGGUUCUUGUGCAGGCGUUUGCUUUUAUUCCUCUCAUGUACAUGUGCAUCUGCACAUACUAUUCCUUGUUCAAAAUUGGAAUGUUAAUGUUUUACUCAUUGACGCCAAGACAGACUAGCGCAGUUAACUUGCUUAUGAUAUGCUCGAUGGUAGCUCGAUAUGCUCCCCCUAUUUCAUACAACUUUCUUAAUCUUAUUCGUCUUGGUUCUCACGAAACUAUAUUUGAAAAGCGAAUGGGGAAUAUUGAUAAAGCUGUCCCAUUCUUUGGGAAUAAGUUUAACAAGAUAUAUCCGCUUAUUAUGGUUAUCUACACCAUUUUGGUUGCGAGCAACUUCUUUGACCGGGUUUUUGAUUUUCUUGGGAGCUGGAAGAGAUAUAUCUUCAAAACUGAAGCAGAAGAUUUGGACGGUUUUGAUCCAUCAGGAUUAAUUAUCUUACAAAAAGAACGGUCUUGGCUUGAACAAGGGCACAAAGUAGGCGAGCAAGUUGUUCCGUUAGCAAGGAAUUUCAACAACAUAGAUAUUGAAUCCGGUGACAAUUUAAUGGAGAGGAAUGGGUCUGAAAUGAAGGCAAAGUCCAGUGUGACUGAUGAGAAAAUGAAUGGAAGUCUGUCUAAAACGUUGAAGGAAGAUACAAGGAGAUCAAGUAGGGAGGCUAUCGGCAACAAGUAUGCAGCUAUAAGAGAGUCGAGUGGACAAGCAUCUAAAACGAAGCCAGAAGAGAAAAGCAUAACCUCUGCUAAGGUUUCCUUACUUGAUGGAGGCAAUAAUCAAUCUAAUAAUACAGCUAGACUACCGCCAUUGGCUUUGGCUUCAACAUGGCAAACAAUGAAAAAUGGAUUUCAAACUUUCAAGGCUAAUAUAGGGACCAAGAAGUUUAUGCCCUUACGGCAAGCAGAGGAAAAUAAAAUGUCUCGUGUUUCCUCAUCGGAAUCCCUGGAUGAGAUAUUUCACAGGCUAAAACGGCCUUCUUUGGACCAAGAUUUAUACCACGAUGAGGAAUAUGAGAUGGAGCCCAAUAUUUCUGGCUCUUCUGGACGAUGAUAUUCAUCCACUGGGCAUGAAUUUGGAAGUAUCUUACAUCAUAGUAUUGGCGAUGCAAGUCCAUAAAAUCAUGUACAGAAAAUUCUUGGUAGUCGAUUCCCCAGCAAAAUACAUGGACUUCUAUACGGUACAAACCAAUGAAAUACAAAUGGUAGACGUUGCACAGGGUAACAUACCUAAAUUUUAGUUGCAGGUGUUCUGCAUGCCAUGGAUUCAUGAAUUGAUUCAGCCGACGAUGUGUUUGGCAGAAACCAUUAUGUCUUGCUCAUGACAUUACUUGUUUUGUAACAUUUAAACCUGUUGUAGUUGUAGAUAUAACAAUGAAAUUUUUGAAGGGUUCAUUCUUCA